AUGUCGGCUGCAGUCACCUCCCACGCCGCGGCCACAACCACCGCCCAGCCCAACACCGCCUCCCUCUCCAGCAUCGGCAACGCAGCAGCUUCCGCCAGCGCUCUCGGCAUCCAGUCCUUCUACCAAUCCAAGAUCCGAUCCUACGAGAUCCUCAUCAACCAAAAGACCCAGAACCUCCGCCGUCUUGAAGCACAAAGAAACGCCCUCAAUGCGCGCGUACGCCUCUUGCGCGAAGAGCUCCAGCUCCUCCAGGAGCCUGGCUCCUACGUCGGCGAAGUCGUAAAAGUCAUGGGCAAGAAAAAGGUGCUCGUCAAGGUGCAGCCAGAGGGCAAAUACGUCGUCGACAUCGCUUCCGACAUCGACAUCUCCACCCUCACCCCCACCCUCCGCGUCGCCCUCCGCUCCGACUCCUACACCCUCCACAAGGUGCUCCCCAACAAGAUCGACCCCCUCGUCUCCCUCAUGAUGGUCGAAAAGGUGCCCGACUCUACAUACGAGAUGGUCGGCGGUCUCGACCGCCAGAUCAAGGAGAUCAAGGAGGUCAUCGAGCUUCCCGUCAAGCAUCCCGAACUCUUUGAGGCUCUUGGAAUCGCUCAGCCAAAAGGUGUACUCCUCUACGGCCCUCCCGGUACCGGCAAGACGCUUCUCGCCCGUGCCGUCGCACACCACACCGACUGCCGCUUCAUCCGCGUAUCCGGCUCCGAGCUCGUCCAAAAGUACAUCGGAGAAGGCUCGCGCAUGGUGCGAGAGCUCUUUGUCAUGGCGCGAGAGCACGCCCCCUCGAUCAUCUUUAUGGACGAGAUCGACAGCAUCGGAUCGUCCCGAGGCGACGGCGGCUCGCGAGGCGGCGAUUCCGAGGUGCAGCGAACCAUGCUCGAGCUGCUCAACCAGCUCGAUGGCUUCGAAGGCACCAAGAACAUCAAGGUCAUCAUGGCCACCAACCGCAUCGACAUUCUCGACUCGGCCCUCCUCCGCCCCGGCCGCAUCGACCGCAAGAUCGAGUUCCCUCCCCCGGGCCCCGAGGCACGUGUCUCGAUCCUGCGCAUCCACAGCCGAAAGAUGUCGUUGCAGCGCGGCAUCAACCUCCGCGCGCUCGCCGAAAAGAUGGGCCAGUGCUCCGGCGCCGAGGUGCGCGGCAUCUGCACCGAAGCCGGCAUGUACGCCUUGAGGGAACGCCGCCAGCACGUCUCGCACGAAGACUUUGAACUCGCCAUCGCAAAGGUCCUCCGCCGCGCACAAGCCUCGUCCGAGACUUCGGUCAACAAGCUCUUCAUAUGA